CACAUAUAUGAUUUAUUCUCUUAUCACAUAUGUAUAAUCGAUUAUCAUUAUUGCGAUUAACAUUAAUCAAACUAUGUGAAGAAUUAACGGGUGCAGAUGUUUUGAUAAAAGCAUGACAGAUCACUGUCAAGUUCUUUGAUGUCAAUACAAAGGCUAUGUUUAUCUUUACAUUCUUACUAACUUUCCUUAUUUUAUCCCGUGGUAAAAUUCGUCGGAGUAAUGAUAUUCUCGGGAACGAUGGAGAUCAAUUCCCUACUGUGUCACAAGAAACAUAUCAUUUAUCGAAUUAUGAUAUAACCUUUUGGAUUCGACAUUUACAAGUAGAGCAUUAUGCUUUUUUAGAGAACAAAGAAAGUUUUUAUACCGUUUUUGUAGAGUUACACGAUUCACCAUUUAUAAUGAAAAUUAUUGAUAGUUAUUACAUGAUAAAAUUAUUUUUUGAACUAUACAAUUGUUCACUUUUCGAUUUUGAGAAUUUAUGUUCAAUGGAAUUAAGAAAAUUCAGAAAAUUUAACUGUAUAUACAGACAGCGUACAGCGUGUGCUAACACAAAUGCAGGAACCUAUCAAGAGUGGUGCAACAUACCAUUACUAAAUAUAGAAACUCCUGUUUGUAAUUGUUGCAUGACAAUAGAUGAUCAACAAUUACAAAGACCACAGGGGUUUUCUUCAUAUUUCGAAGAUCUAUUACCAAAAUCUUUUUGUACUCCUGGCGAUAUCUACAAAAUUGUCCGAUGUUUAACUAUAAUGAUAAAUGAUAUUCGUACUACAAGAUGUGAUGUUAAGUGCCAGCAAAAACAACCGUUUUGCAAAGAUAUAGGACUUUGGACAUUCAUGAUGCCUGUUCUUACUUCAAAUUCGUUUUUUUGGUUACCUCCAAUUUGUAAUAACACAUGUGGGAAAGGACUAGUGUUGAUAGUGUCUUUGUGUUACAACCAAAUAAUAGAAAAAAAAACUGUAAAUUACGUUGAUCCAGAAUUACUUUGCUGCCCAAUAAGUUUCAUGAAAUAUAUCUGCAAACUUGCAUCUAGCAUUGAUGUCGCGACAAUAAUACGUUUUACAGAAUCUUAUCUUCCUAUUGAUGACUAUUUCCAAAAAGAUAUAUGUAUACACGUUCUCAAAGAAGAAAUAAAUGACGAUAACCAGAAAAGCAAUAAAGCUUAUUAUAACAAUGAUUUUAAAGAAGAGAUCCUGUUAGUAAAGCCAAAGUAUAUGAAAUCUAUGAGAUCGUUGCGUCGUCACCUUCUGCAAAACAUAGAUCAUGGAUAUGGAUAUGGAAAUACGGAUUAUAGUGCACAAGGAGGCAAAUUCGCUUAUCGGGGAUAUGCAAGAUAUAAAGAUUCAAUCAUGAAUGAAAACAAAGAUGAGGAUGAUGAUGAUGAUAAUGACGAUGAUGAAGAGGAUGAAGAUUAUGAGAUUAGCGAUGAACCUGCACCAGAAGAUGAGAGCGAUAAUGCUGAAGAGGAGGAAGAAGACGACGAGUUUGGACAUCAAAGCAUUGGACCAAAGGCUCGUCUGGCAAGUUUCAAUCGUGUCGUAUUCCCUUAUGUGAGUAAGAAGCAGAAGCAACAUUUGAGAAAAGAAAAUGUCAGAGUCAGAUCUGUUACUGUUACUGAGGAGUGCGAUGAGGAAGAACCUACAGAAGCACUGCAAUAUUAUGAUUACGACACAAACGGAGUUGACACAUCACUCGGAAAUAUACAUAAAACACAAAAUGAUCACUUUAUAAAAUUGAUAAUAAUAAACUUCAUACUUUUAUUUAUUAAUAUUUGGACAUAACUAUUUAAAAAAUGAUAAAGAUUUUAGAAUUUUAC